CAGCAUAAAGCCAACACGCCUAGCUAGUGAGCGGAAACGUGAGCGUGCAGCGGGGCAGUCCGUAUCUACCCCUCUUAAGUCAAAUCCACUGUUUAUUUAUUCCCCCUUUUGUGGAUGUGGAGACAAAUAUUAUAAAGCAGCAAAGAUAUGUGUGGUGACAAACAGUCCUAAAGCAAGGCAAAGCCAGUAAGUUAAUAUGAGCAGUGAGCUGAACGUGCCAAUGGGCUCUCCAGCUCCUGGAUGCCCUGACAGACUGCAGGAUGGCAGUGGAAUGGACUAUAGAGACUGGGUUCGCCGCAGCUAUCUGGAGCUGGUCACGUCCAACCACCACUCGGUCCAGGCGCUUUCAUGGAGAAAACUCUACCUCAGCAGGGCUAAGCUCAAAGCCUCCAGUCGAACCUCUGCCUUACUGUCUGGUUUUGCAAUGGUGGCCAUGGUCGAGGUACAGUUGGAGAUGCAGUACAACUACCCGCGAUUCCUUCUCAUUGCUUUCAGCGUGUGUACCACAAUACUGGUGGCCGUCCACCUCUUCGCUCUCCUCAUCAGCACCUGCAUCCUUCCCAACGUCGAAGCGGUCAGCAACAUCCACAAUCUCAACUCCGUCUCCGAGUCUCCCCACGAAAGGAUGCACUACUAUAUCGAGCUCGCCUGGGGAUUUUCCACCGCCCUGGGAAUUCUGCUGUUCUUGGCAGAGGUGGUGCUUCUCUGCUGGAUCAAGUUCUUACCGGUUGACUCUGGGGCUCAGUCCGCGUCGGUUCUGGCGGCCCUGAAGCAGAACUGCACCACGCCCGUGGUCCAGCCAGGGCAUAGCGGGUGGCAGGCCGCGUUGGCCUCCACCAUCAUCAUGGUGCCGGUUGGAGUGAUCUUUGUGGUGUUCACCAUCCACUUCUAUCGCUCACUGGUACGCCACAAAACUGAGCGGCACCAUCAAGAGAUCGAGGAACUGCACAAGAUCAAAGUGCAACUGGAUGGACACGAGCGAGGUUUGCAAGCGGUGUGAUGUCCAGGAUGUGAGCACAUCUACUACUUUUGGGUCAUAUUUUUUACUUCUGAGGGGACACGACUUGUCGUCUGGUGGAAAGAUAACUGAGAAAGCUUUACAGCAAAAAAGAGAAAGUUUACAAGAUUUCAACAGCAAAGGGCUAUUUAUUUAUAUUUCUUUAGGCUGUAGGUCAUUUGGACGUGCCAUUUUUAUGUUUUUGCCUUAAAUGAGAAAAAUGAAUGUCAUAUGAAUGCUUGCUUUUGUCUUCAUUUAGAGUUUUGCAAUGCAAACCUGGAUCGAUAGCGUGCCACAGACCAUAUGAGUUAAACUUGUUUUCAGUAAGGUUCAGACUCACUGCCAGAGUUUCUAAUAAGAGUAAAUAAUCUAGCUUUUGUAAUAAACAUGCCUGUAUGAGCUAUGACACACCACUUACGAAAGUCUCCGUUUUUGCAGAGUUGUCCACAUAUUUUCCACAAAGGCUCCAUUUUGUCAUAUUAAAGCUGCUGCAUUUGACGCAACUAUCGCUUACAUUAGGCUUACAUGUAAUGCGGUAUUUUUGUCUUGAUGACGGUUCUGCAUGUAUAAUAUAAUCAAGCACAAAAAAGAUGUCCAUAUUUUACACAAAACCCAAGGGAAGUUGUUCCUGUGUGCUACUGAAAUUUUCUCCAUUAAUGGUAAGAACAAAGAUUACUUGCACCAAAAUAUGUAAAGAACAGGCACAAAUACAAAGAAAAAAACUUGACUGAAAAGAACAAAUGGAAAAUUACGAGCCGAGUUACAAUCGUGAGUCGAAUUGAGGAAAACAUUCCAGUGGGACAAGAAGUUGGACCAAUUUCUGCCUGCCUUAAAUAAUUGACAAACUUAAAAGUGCACUUGUAGUAUACUUCACAAUUCAUCCGUUCGAUCUGCUGUAGCUAUUCACAAUGCGAGAUUUACAGACGUUUGCUUUUUUAUUUCAUCUCUUACCACAGACGCUUUGUUUUGAAUGCAAAUAUCAUUGAAUUAACUGUGUGAAGCACAACUUCUGUUACAACUGCACCUUUAAUGCGUAAAUGCUCAAAUAAGGAAACUUUGACCAUAUGUACUCUGCUUGUGGGCUUUUGCAAGCACUUUGCUCUUGUUGCGUGUGUGCAAAUAAAUACUUUGGUCAUUUUUGAUAUUUCGGAUGCAUUGUGCCAUACUGUCAGUGUAGAUAAGCAAUGGACAUGUAGUGUGAAAGCUGGCGUCUUUAUGUGGGGAAUUAUUAUAGAAGUGUUUUUUUGAGUAGCAUGUUAUAUCACACUUCGUCUGUACUUGUAUGUUAAUUUAUGUCAAAUAAACACAACCUAUUUUGUUUACUUCAUAA